AUGGAGUAUCCUUACCUCGCAAUCGCAUCCGAGUCGACCGAAGACGUCCGUUUCGAGGACCUACAAAACAGUAUGCCGGUUGAGCUCAAUCAGAUAUUGAUGCCACCUCCACUGGAGGGCCGCCAGUCGAGCGCGAGCUUUCCCUUCAUUCCGGAGGCUGUGUUGAAAAGAGGCUUGCCAUCGACAGUCAACCACAUAACAGUACCCUCACCGCAGCCCAAUGGAUCGUCCCCACGUCUAUCAGCACCGACAUACAACAGCACUCCAAGCGCACCAUCCGCAUUCACAAGUGAUCCUUCUCCAGCGCAAUUCCAGUUGAUCCCAGAGAUGCCAGUCCAUGCUAUCAGGCGAGUUCCAAAUCAUCCCGUUGCGGAUCCUCUCCUCGACAUCACGCUCUUCGAUCUAAGUCUACCUGCCGACAUCACCAUGCCAACAGGAUACGGGCAGUCUCACAAUCUGAUGGACCACGACUCCAUCGCGUAUCCCAUCUUAGGAAGCCACAUCUUCGACUACGCCUACCAGGGACGGCAUACGUACGGCAACGUUGACGACGACGGAGGACAUGUGGCCGAACUCUCGCCUGCACCCAACCGAUGCCCCGACUGUGGAGUCACUUUCCGCGGCGGAAAGCACCAGUUCCAGCGCAAUCUGAGGAGGCAUCGCAUCCACCAUUGCCAGGUGGGCGCGACAGAAAAGUAUCCCUGCCGUUUUGGGGGGUGCGAGGCCUCGUUUACCCGGACAGACGGGCGGAAGUAUCACGAAAAGACGCAGCACCGUCUCUACAUUACCGGAAAUCCUGCAAGUACUUGA